GAGGAGAUCGACGGCGAUUCUCAUCUGUUGUGCCGUGGUUGGGCGGUUUGAGGAGGAUGAACCAUGGUUCGACAGUGAUUUAUUGAGUAAGCUAUUUCGACUAAUUAUUCCUAGUCGCGUGGUUCCCGGUUCUUUUUCUUUCAUUUAUUUGGGUUCAUCUUUUAUGGAAAGGGAAUGGAAGGGGAAUGGAAGGAUCCCGUGGUCACAUGUGGCGGGCUUCUCCAUUUCGUCUCAGGUACGCUUUGGGGAGGUUGUUGUGGUUCUGCUGUUUUGAGUAUCGCGUUGUUCUCCCCAGCUACGGCAGCGUAUACGACCUCAAUAGGAUUGAUCCCGGAUCGAUUUUAAAAUUGACGCUAUCGAAGCACGAGAAUAUACCAGGUACAGAUCUUGAUCGAGUCGACGAGAUAGCAGUAGAUGGUAUACAUCUCUCCCUUGUCGCGGUCGUAUUUGCUUUGUCAGGGAUCGCCGUCCAGACCAGGCUGGAUGCCGGGCAAACGGCCGGCACGAGACAAGCAUAUGGAACCCAAACGGCCGAGGUAGACGCUACGGCAGGGCUAACCGGGUUCAGUCGGUGGGCCGUCGGGAGUGGGCCCGAGGCAGGCAGGAAACUCGGUUUCUCCCAGUAUUCGUUACAUAAUCGUCUUGCCCCGAGGAUGUGGAAGCCUCAGGAAGGGCGAUCCUGGAUCGAGGUUUCAAUUUCACUUCGGGGACUGUCCGUGCUGACCUCGAGGAACGACGCGGAAGCACUGGCCAAUCGUAGCGUGGGUGAUGCGUGCCCACCAAUCAGACCCCGACGAUAACCAGAUGAGAAGGCCUCCAAUCCGGAGGCGAGCCAAGACAAGACCCGCU